GGGCCCGGGCCGUGCGGGGGCUGCGGGGGCUGCGGUGUGCGGGCUGUGCGGGAGCAGCGGCUGUGCGCGGGUCGGCCCUCACCGCCUUCCCGUGGGACUAGGGGGAGCCCCCGGGCGCCGCCCGGCCAGGGGAAAUGUUCUUCAUAUGCUGAAUUCCAGCUUGGGUUGUCUCGUUGCUGCACCUUCAGAACUUCAUAAAAAAGCAGGAAGUCAAGAUGAAGAGCAGGGUGACACAAGUAAAUCAUGGUUCCAACCAUGAAAGGAAGGAAAACUACAGUUCCCGACAAGAAAGUUUGUCUCCAGAGGACAGCAGGGAUAUGGAGCAUGAUGGAUCUCCGUCUUCCAGAAAGAGAAGAUACUCUGAUGACAGCAGAUAUGAUCAGGAAUAUUCCAGAAGGGAAUACUAUGAUGACAGAACUUCAGAUGGAAGAAGAAUGGAAAGGGGGAGAGAUAGACACUAUGACAGAUGGGAGGAGAGAGAAUAUGAUCGGAGGAAGCAGAGAAGAUAUUCAUCACCUGAUCGGAGGAGUCCAGAGAGGUCGACAGUUCAGAGCUCACUGGCUCAUGAUGAGGCCCCUUCAAAGAAGAAAAAAGAAGAAGUGGAUCCAAUCCUUACUCGCACAGGUGGUGCAUAUAUUCCACCUGCCAAGCUCAGGAUGAUGCAAGAGCAAAUCACUGAUAAAAAUAGCUUGGCAUAUCAGAGGAUGAGUUGGGAAGCCUUGAAGAAGUCGAUCAAUGGUCUUGUCAAUAAAGUGAACGUUUCUAAUAUAGAAAACAUCAUUCAUGAGCUGCUUCAGGAAAAUAUUGUUAGGGGAAGGGGAUUGCUGUCUAGAUCCAUUUUGCAAGCUCAGAGUGCCUCUCCGAUUUUUACUCAUGUUUAUGCAGCUCUUGUGGCAAUUAUCAAUUCAAAGUUUCCAAAUAUUGGUGAAUUGAUUCUCAAGAGAUUGAUACUAAAUUUUCGCAAAGGAUAUCGCAGAAAUGACAAGCAACUCUGUCUAACAUCUUCUAAAUUUGUCGCACAUUUGAUGAAUCAGAAUGUGGCUCAUGAGGUUUUAUGUUUGGAAAUGCUCACUUUGCUCCUUGAAAGGCCUACUGAUGACAGUAUUGAAGUAGCAAUCGGAUUUAUUAAAGAAAGUGGGCUCAAAUUAACAGAAGUUUCUCCUAGAGGUAUUAAUGCGAUCUUUGACCGUCUUCGACACAUUCUGCAUGAAUCUAAAAUUGAUAUGCGUGUUCAGUAUAUGAUAGAAGUCAUGUUUGCUGUACGGAAGGAUGGCUUCAAGGAUCAUCCAAUUAUUCCAGAGGGAUUAGACCUAGUCGAAGAGGAGGAUCAGUUUACUCAUAUGUUGCCAUUAGAAGAUGACUACAACCCAGAGGAUGUUCUUAAUGUUUUCAAGAUGGAUCCGAACUUUAUGGAAAAUGAGGAGAAAUACAAAACACUGAAGAAAGAAAUUCUUGAUGAAGGUGACAGUGAAUCUGAAGGAGAUCAAGAAGCUGGAAGUAGCGAGGAAGAUGAAGAAGAAGAUGAAGAAGAGGAUGAAGAUGGCCAGAAAGUUACUGUUCAUGACAAAACAGAAAUUAACCUGGUCUCCUUCCGUCGUACAAUUUAUCUUGCUAUUCAGUCAAGCUUAGACUUUGAAGAAUGUGCUCACAAACUGCUGAAGAUGGACUUUCCUGAAAGUCAGACUAAAGAACUCUGCAAUAUGAUACUUGACUGCUGUGCUCAGCAAAGAACAUACGAGAAAUUCUUCGGGUUACUGGCUGGGCGUUUCUGCAUGUUAAAAAAAGAAUACAUGGAAUCCUUCGAAGCUAUUUUCAAAGAACAGUAUGAUACCAUUCAUCGUUUGGAAACGAACAAACUGAGAAAUGUUGCCAAGAUGUUUGCUCAUCUACUAUACACUGAUUCAAUUCCCUGGAGUGUCCUUGAAUGUAUAAUACUGAGUGAAGAAACUACCACGUCCUCCAGUAGAAUUUUUGUCAAAAUAUUCUUUCAGGAACUCAGUGAAUAUAUGGGACUUCCUAAUUUAAAUGCAAGAUUAAAAGAUGAGACACUGCAGCCGUUCUUUGAGGGAUUAAUGCCUCGGGAUAACCCAAGAAACACUCGCUUUGCCAUCAAUUUCUUCACCUCCAUUGGCCUUGGAGGACUAACGGAUGAAUUACGGGAGCAUCUUAAAAAUGCACCAAAGUUGAUUAUGACACAGAAGCAAAAUGUUGAGUCAUCGGAUUCCUCUUCAUCUUCAGAGACAGAUUCUUCCUCGGAUUCUGAUUCUGAUAGCAGCAGUACUAGCUCAGAGUCAUCCAGCAGCAGUGACUCCUCAUCUAGCAGUGACAGCAGCAGUGACUCAGAUGUUUCUAAAACCAGAAGAAGGAGAAUGCAGAAGAAAAAUAGAGAAUCCAGUAAAGUUUCCAGGAAAAAGCAAGAAAGGAAAAGGAAAUCCAUUGAAAAGAAAAUGGGAAGGAGGCGUCAAGAGGAAAGAACUGAUACUGAGAGCAAAUCAGAAAGAAAUCACCGACAUUUAAGAGAAUCACACAGAGAUGAUGUGUCUAAAUAUCAUCACAGAGAUGAGUCCAAUGGCAGAGAUGGUUACCAUAGUGGAAAAGAUAAGAACCAUGACAGAACUAAGGAUCUAGAAAAUAAACACAGUAAUUCAAAAGUUAAGAAAGCAGACAGAAGAUCUUCUUUGUCUGAUGAUGAAAAUUACAGACACUGGAGCAAAGAUCAUGGACAUCGCAGCAGAAAAAGAGAAAGAUCAAAAUCCAGAGAGAGAGAACGUGACCAUUCCAGUCCGAGGGAGGAGCAACAAGAGGACUGGUACAGAAAUGGUUCGGAGAAACACCGGGAGAAAUACAGCCGCUACUCUGACCAGUACAGGGAGUCCAGGGAGAAUGAGGAUAGGGAGCCCAGGGAGAAUGAGGAGAGGGAAUCCAGGAGGAAUGAGGAAAGGGAGCCCCGGAGAAAUGAGGGGAGGGAGCCCAGAAGGAACGAGGAGAGGGAAUCCAAAAGGAACGAGGAGAGGGAGCCCAGGAGUAAAUGAGGAGAGGGAAUCCAGAAGGAAUGAGGAGAGGGAGCCCAGGAGAAAUGAGGAGAGGGAAUCCAGAAGGAAUGAGGAGAGGGAGCCCAGGAGAAACGAGGAGAGGGAAUCCAGAAGGAAUGAGGAGAGGGA